CUCACCUUCCUCUCCCCCGCCCCACUUGACAGGCAACUCAGGGUCACCGCGUUGGUCAUCUCCAUCUCGCCCCCAACCGAUAUACUUCCGCCUCAAGAUGGACCCAUACUCUACGCAUCCUGCUCGUAGACCCAUCCUCUCCGCGAUCAACAAGCCCAUUCACUUCGCAGAAGGCCAAUUCGCGGGUAACGUCGUUCGUGCUGAAGUACGCGAGAUACAAAAGGCCGAAGUGGGCAGAAAAUAUGCUCGCGUUGACCGUCGGCCGCUGGACCCGCCUCCCUCCGUCCAACUCAAACUCUUCUACGUCUUCCACCAAGGCACCGAACAUGAGUACGAGCGCGAAGUCGAUGACUACCGUCAGAUAUCUAACCUGGGCCUCCUCUGCAACGUGGACCUUUUCCCAGUGCCAAGCACAUAUGUGCCUACAGAAAACGACUCCUCUGUUCCGAGGCCCGCUUCUCCCCCGUCCGCGCCGAUGUCAUCCCAUGGCGGCCCGAGCACGAGCCAGCAUGCCUAUGUCCCACCACCUCCACCACCACUUGGCCAGCCCUCACAUCCUGUUGGCCUCUUCCACCCGCCGCACCCAAAUACACUCGCGCAACCUGCGUUACCCCCUCUGACCGUCCCAGAUCGACCCCUCGCAGGAUCCAGCAUGCCCCCAGUUCCCGCGCUCAACGUUCCAUCAAAUACCUACCCCCAGGCUCCAGGCCAACAACAGCGUGAACCUUUGCCCGAAGUGAUCGCAUAUUUGGGCCCACACCUGAUCACGGAACCGAUGAAGUGCACCCACGCACUGUCGGGCACGACAUUCGUACAGCCAGUGCUGAUGGAGCUUGAGGGGAAACCAUCUCUCGUGUUCGCGUUUUCGGAUCUCGCCGUUAAAUCGGAGGGCGUGUUCUUCCUGCGAUAUCGAUAUUUUGAUCUCUUUGGGCGCGCGUCUGCCUAUGACGAUCUGCCUGUGCAAGCUGAAUGCUUUGGUGGUCUGUUUCGGGUCUACUCCACCAAGGAAUUUCCCGGUCUACCCCUUUCCACCGAACUCACCAAGAGCCUAGCCAAGGUCGGCGUGAAAGCGAACCUGCGAACGAAGCCCCGCAAGCGCGUUUCAGGGUCCAGUGCGCGCAGUGCCAAAACGCGCGAAGGUCAUGCACGAGAUGCCCACGAUCGAUAUACGCGCAGCUCGAGUUAUGGCACCGGUAGUAGUGCUGGACGCCAGGAGAGUGAAGUAGGCAGCGACAGUGAAUGAGCGGCCUUCAGGGCAUCGCGAUAACUUCCUCUACAUGGAGCCGUGCACGCUGAGCUUUUGCCUUGGGCCCAUUUUAACGUUUUACCAUAAUAGCCCAUCACUCGAGGGUUGCAACGUUGGAUCUUUCACCCACCUGAUUCGCCCUUCAUCGAUCAUUGACCUCUCGACGAACUUCACACCCGGAAAUUCGGCAUAUUCAUUUCAGCAUCUCAUUUCCAGCAUCGACCCGUGCAUUGCCCAAUUAUGCUCCAGCUUCUCUCAUAUGCAAUAGCAC